AUGGACAAAAAUCCUGAUCUUUCUUCCCUCAUCAAGAGUUUGAUCCAACACUUCGGAUCACCGGAAAGCGCAGCCAAACAUCUCUCCGCUCUCCCUCAGAUGGCCGAAUCAACCGACAAACCCUCAUCUUCUCAAACUCCGGUGGAAGUCCCAGGAGAAACCUUUCCUCCAGCUCCUUCUCCAAGAGGCUCUCCGAAGAGAAGCACCACUGAAUCGUUUGUUGGGGCUGAUGUUGAUCCUGUCUCUUUGCAAAUGGUGGAAACUCCCAUCAAUCCUGAGCCGAUCUCCACUGUUCCUCCUCUUGAGAUUGUCCUUUCAAAAAUGGCGCCUGGUUCCUCUGCUAAAGUUCACGAAGAUCUCACAAAAGGGAAAACUUCUCUUCAAAAUCUUACUGUUCAUGCGACCUCGGAAAAAUCCACAGGACAUCCAGCUUUUGGUGUUACUCAACAUCAAACUCCUCUUACCACUCCAAGUGAAGAAUCAAUUCCGUCUUCAAAAGAGGAAUCAACGCAUGCUUCUCAAGAUACCUCCUUGGAGAGAAUUGGGGAAAUUGCCAAAGAGGCCUUGCUUGAUCUUGCCUCACAACCGGGCUCAGAUGUUGAUAAAGCUUCUGUUGUUGCUGAAGAAGAAUGUGCUGCUGGUGAUAUACCCAUAUCCAUGGAUGUUGAUGACCCUGAAAAGAUUCCUGAUGUUGAUCAGGAUGUUGAUCCAGAAGAAAGCACAGAUGUUAUUGAUGUUGACACCUUUGUCCCUGACAAGAAAAGCCGGAAACGUAAAGCUGGAGUGGCCUCUCUCAGGCGUUCCUCAAGGUCAAAAUCCACACGGGUGAUCCCUUCUACUCUCAAUCUUCCUAGCCGAGAAGACAGUGAUGUUGGUCCAACAUCACAGCCUCCUGUUCUCAAGCCAAAAGUUGAACAUUCUCCCACCUCAAAGAGCGGAAAGGUAUCUUCUGCCUCUCACACUACCUCCCCUCGCAUCAGCUGCUCUGGAAGCUCCUCCGAAUCAGAGGUUGAGGUUAGUAAGUCGUACUCCACUCGUUUUUACACUCGUGAAACAAAGAAUGCUCUCAAAGUGUUGGCUGCUAGGAAGUUUCAUAAUGAUAGACGUGCGGAUGAGGAGUUCUUUUCAAAGUAUAAGCUUGAUAUCCUUUUGCAAGAUAGGAGUAUGUGGGGUACGGUUGUCAAUGUUUUUCCCUAUGAUGCUGAGAUUGUUAGAGAAUUCUAUGUUAAUCUGAUGACAGAGGCUUUUGACCCAAAAUCUGUUAAGUUUGGGAAAGUGUUUGUUAGGGGCAAGGUCUUUGAUUUCUCCCCAUCUGCCAUUAACACAGCAUGCUACACUGCAAAUACUAACACUGAUGAUGUUGAGGUUGAUGAUGAUGAGAUGACUAGGGAGUUGACUGGAGAGAAACUUAAGGCAUGGACCUCGAAGUUUGCUGCAUCAUCUUUGUCUUGGAAAUAUUCUGUACUUCACAAGAUUGCUGUUUACAACUAG